AAUUAUUAUAAAAUAUAUUUGACAGGUUGUGGUUAUGACUGUAACUGUAUUGCCGAUUAGAUUACUUCUUAUGCUAAUACUUCUUUCAUCAGCUUGGUUUCUUGCUGUUGUUGGCUUAUUUGGAAUUUCUAAAGAAGACAUGAAAAGUAAACCAAUGAGUGGAUGGAGAAGAUAUUAUCUGAAACCUUUCAUUUGUUCAGUGUUACGUCUCAUGUUUCUUUUGGGCGGAUGGCAUUGGAUAACUAUCAAAGGAAAACAAGCUUCUGCUAAAGAAGCACCUAUUAUUACCUUAGCACCUCAUUCCAGUGUAUUUGAUGUUUUACCAGUAAUUUUGUUAGGUGGCCCAUCAGUAGUUGCAAAAGCUGAAACUGAACAGACUCCAUUUUUUGGAAAAUUGAUAAAUUAUACUCAACCAGUUUAUGUACGAAGGAAUGAUCCAAUGUCUCGUCAAAAUACUAUAAAAGAAAUUCGGAAACGAGCUGAAUCUGAAGAUGAUUGGGAACAAAUUGUAAUUUUUCCUGAAGGAACAUGCACUAACAGACAAUGCUUAAUUUCUUUUAAGCCAGGUGCAUUUUAUCCAGGUGUACCAGUUCAACCAGUUUGCAUUAGAUAUCCUAAUAAAUUGGACACGAUGACAUGGACAUGGGAAGGACCUGGAGCGUUGAAAUUGUUAUGGUUAACACUGUGCCAGUUUAGAAGUUAUUGUGAGAUUGAGUAUUUGCCUGUAUAUAAACCUAAUGAACUUGAGAAAAGGAAUCCUAGGCUAUUUGCUCAGAAUGUGAAGCUUUGCAUGGCUCAAGCUUUAGGUGUUCCUGUGUCCUAUUACACAUUUGAUGAUCUCAAAUUUAUAAAAUGGAAUGGUGAUAAUAAAAUACCUCAGACACCUGCUUUGGUAAAAUUAGUGAAAUAUAGACAUCAACAUGGAUUGAAAUUCACAGAUAUUGGAAAUGAAGUUAAAAAACUUCAGUUAAAGUUAAAAGAUGAAAACAGAAUUUGUACACUUCAAGAAUUUUCUCAUUUCCUAGAAAGCUCUUCAUCAGAUACAUUAAGAGAUAUAUUUGAUGUCAUGGAUCAAGCAAAUGAAGGAAAGAUUGAUGUAAGAAUAUAUAUUGCAUGUCUCUUAAUGCUAGAUUUUAAUACAAGCAUAUUAGAAAGAGCAGAUCAAGCUUUUAAGAUGUUUAGCUCUAAAGAUAAUUUAAUAGAUCUUCAGUCAUUUUGUUCAUUUGCAUGGUUAAUGUUGGGUUUAACAAAAACAGCUGCAACUUCAGUCUUCCAUAAGUUAGAUCCUGAGCAUAAAGGAACAGUUUCAUUCAGUAAGCUAGUUAUUAGAACUAUAUUAUUUUACUUAUUACAGUCAAAUAGUGAUAAAAUUGUUUUUCUUUGUAAAUAAUUUUGUGAAC